AUGCUGCGUUGCACGUGGGGCGGUGGGGUGCGGGCCUGGGGGGCCCGGGGCCCGGGGCUGUUUGGGGGCCGGCUGGGCGCGCCCUGCCCUGUCCGCUCCUGGAGCUGGGCCGCGAGGGGCAGGAGCAGCGCGGGGAAGACCCCGUGGCGGAGGGAGGCGGCCCGGGGGGCGCAGGACUCCUCCCCGCUGGACGCUCGCGUGCCCCGGGACGUCCUGCUCUUCCAGCACCACCGAGUCCGCUUCUUCCGCCUCCUCGGCCUUUUCUGCGCCGGCCAGUUCCUCUUCUGGACCUACUUGGCGCACUUCGCUUUCCACUCCCUGCGCGCCGCCGGCGCCAAGCGGCCCGAUUCGGAUCCCCGGCGGGAGGGGCGGCCUCUGCCCGCCCUGCCGGGCGGAGCCGUCCUCGACCCCGGCUCCAACAAGUGGCGCUUGGGCUUCACCGCCUCGUGCCUGACCGUGGGUUGUCUGAUAGUGGUGGCAGGCUUCGUCUUUUCACGUCGCUCUGUAAGCCGAGUCCUGCUGCACCGUGGUGGGCAGGAAGUGACCCUCACCACCUAUUAUCUCUUUGGGCCAUCCUCGUCUUUCACCGUCCCCCUGCGCCAUAUCUCCUGCAUGUCCCAUCGUUCCGAGGUGCCGGCCAUGAUCCCCCUCAAGGUCAAGGGGAGGCCCUUCUAUUUCCUCUUGGACAAGCAAGGGAGAAUCACCAACGCCAAGCUUUUUGAUGUCACUGUGGGCGCCUAUCGUAAACUGUAAGG